GUCUACGCUCGUUUAGCUGAGAUCAGUACAGAUUCACUUAUCGCGUCGGUGUUAUUCGCGACACCAUUACGAACGAUCAUCACUCUCACUCCUCUUUCCAAACGUCCACCCUGUCUGUCCGAUUGAUCUGAAAUACGCUCAACAGCCCCUUCUCGCGUAGCGAGAGGGUGGCCUAUCUUGACCAUGAUGCCAGCAGAAGACUACGAGUGGAUCGCGAAUUAUUGGCCGCAACCCAGUUUCUCCCUGGGCGCAACCAACGGCUACCCAGACGUGCAAACGCGGCAUGUCGGACAGAACAGCACUCCGGGCUAUGACGGCCAUAUGGAUAGGGAUCCGAUUGCUCUGGCUCAAAGCGCGCUAAAAUCAUCCGUGACCUAUCAACCUCAGAAUGUAUACUCCUACAUGUCCCCACACGGGUCCUUCUUUCCUCCUGCGCUGAUGCCAGCUCAACCACACCAGCAACAUUACCAGCCGGCGCUGCAGCAGCAACACCCGCCGCAGUGCCCGCAGUCUGCAGCUCCAGUGGGCUUUCGGGGACAUCAUCCGUCCACGAUGUCGUCCCAAGCUCCAAACCUGGCAACGAGUCACCCUCCUCCUCAUACACAACCCAUUUUCGCGCGUCCAGCUCCAGAUCUUGCUCCAGGACCUGCCCCUUCAGCUCAGCAGCGUCCGCCUGCCGUUUCCGCCCGACGUCUACCUGCUCCAAAGCCCCGAGCUCCUCUAGCAUCGAGUCUAAAUGAUGAUGCCAAGCGCCGUCGCGUUGAAUCCGGCGGACAGGCAAAAGGAAUCAGUAAACAUAAAUUGUCAGGUUAUUCUUAUCAACCAUCUCAUCCCACCCGUGGAACCGUCCUGCGGGACCGCAACGACAUCAUUCGACCUCUUAACAAAAAGGAUGCUGCAGAGAAGAUGGCAUACGACCCCAAAACCGUCGCGAGAGACAUUCUAGUGGCAUCUGGCCGACACCCUACAGAACCCGCUCUGAACCACCAUUUGUCCCGAUUGCGCGACAUCUUCAAUUUGGUUGACAACACAGCCGACUUGGCAACCAUUCGCUGGGACAUUGUCGAUACUCCCAACAUGCAAGUCCCCCAUAUGCAUGCGGACCCUGAACCUGUCAGCAAGCAUAUACCACCUCCCCCAGUCCCAAUUCAAUCUCCCGCCGUUAAUGGAUGGCCUCCUGCGCAGCAAGCAUGUCCGGCCAGUCAUUCUGCCGCUCUGCCUCGUACACCGCCCGCAGCACCGCCACGUGACCAGCAACAGCCAAUUACAGCCUCGCCUCGUCCUACUCCGCCUUCGUUUCCGCCCGCGGUCUCGGAUUCUGUUCCGCAACCACAGCAGCAAAAAAAACAAGAGCAGCCACAGAAGAAGAGGAAGAAGAAGAAGAAGCAGCCAGAGCCAAAGCAACCACAAGGUCGUCCACAAUCUCCAGCUUCUGUACCUAAACAAUCGCCGGUGCCAUUGGUGCAGGUGCGACCUCCGAAAUCGUCACCGCGACCUCAGAAGCUGAAGGCCAUAUCGCUUCCUCGGCUACCGUCUUCACCAGCAAGAUCAAACAAGUCCACGCCAUCUCAGUCAGCACGACGAGGUAGAACGCCAAAUAAGCCAAAGCAACCUGAGACGAUGGUGGGGAAGAAGUCUGCGCCCAAGGUUGAAGUGUCGAUUCCCUUGUCUGCGCCGCCAGUUUCGUACCCAGUUUAUGCGUGUGAAUGGCAGAACUGUCAGUCAGAGCUGCACAACCUUGAGCUCCUUAGACAUCAUCUUCUCAAGUCACAUAUUCCGUAUACCAUUACGUGUAGCUGGUCGGGAUGCGACUGUAACGAUCCGAUGGCUGCGGCGGAGCUGUUCAAUCAUGUGAAGUCCAAUCACCUCGAUCCACUUGCGUGGAAACUGGGAGACGGACCAUCAGUGCCUCAAACUGGUGAGACAGACAUUAUGCUUUAGCUGUGGCAAUGUUUCACGUGCUCUCAUCACAACGAAAACUCUUAUUAACGUGUACCUAUGGUAAUUCAUAUAGUGGACGAUAAAACCAGCGAGAACAGCGCAGGAACCUAUGCAACGCCGGAAUCGAAUCAAAUAGGAGGC